AUGGGUGACCGAACUCUUUUCGUACCCUCACAUGUGGGACGCAAUGUGCUUCCUAAUCUUCCUUUCUUUAACAAAUUGUUACGAUAUGCUCAGCGUAAGCCGCCCCGCAUAGCAGUACGCGACGUGAACGCUGGUAUGGAAAAGACAUAUGAAGAUGUUCUGCUAGAUGCACUAUCUCUUCGCACUGAGAUUGAAAACACGCUCAGUCGCGAGACUCUUCAUGAUCUAUCUGAAGACAAAGAAGUGUAUAUUGGGCUUCUAGCACCUGGUGGAUAUGAGUAUACCGUUGGGUUCGUCGCAAUUAUUGCGAUGGGUGCUGCAGUUGUUCCUAUGGCUGCGGGGCUUCCUGUAGAUGAAGCAUCUUAUUUCCUUCUGAAGGCACGGUGUGUUGCUCUGGUGAGCAGUUCAACAAGUGAAGUCCUAGGACGAUCUAUCGUACACUCCAUGAGCCAGAAAAAUGAUUUCCAUAUCCCAUGCAUCGCCCCAAUUGCAUCUGUCUUCUGUGCUACAUCCUUUCCAGCUGAGGAGGUAGUCAUAUCAUCGAACAAAGUUCUUGACAUCAACAAUGCUAGUGCAGUCAUUUUUACAUCGGGCACAACCGGUCGUCCCAAGGGGGCAGUCCAGCGUCGAACGUGGCUCACAGGAAAUGCCGAGACAGACGCUGAUUUCUAUGGCAUAACUGAAAAUGACGUUGUACUUCAUGUUCUACCGGUUCACCAUGCCUCAGGUGUUGGUCUUACUUUUUUGCCUUUUGUGAUUGCUGGUGCUUGUAUCGAAUUUCGAAGUGGCAGCUUCAACACAGCCUGGACAUGGGAGCGCUGGCGCAAGGGAGGAUUGACCUUUUUCUCUGGCGUUCCCACCAUAUACAUGCGAAUGAUGCGUUACUAUGAAGAAAAUAUUGCAAACCAGUCCCCUCACGUACGUGAUCUAUACGUUGCUGGCGUGCGUGACAUCCGUACGAUGUUGUGUGGCUCGUCAGCCCUCCCUGGUCCUGUCCAGGACUUCUGGGAGAAUCUAAGACAGAAACCAAUUCUCACUCGGUAUGGCGCUACGGAGUUUGGUGCUGUCAUUAAAACAGACCUUGAUUCUACAGGUACACCCCGUAAUAGCGUGGGUCGUGUGGUUGAGGCUGUUUCUCUCAAGCUUGAAGAUGACGGCCAUCUGCUUGUGAAAUGUCCUUUCAUGUUCUCAAAAUACUUGCACGACGAAAAGGCAACCGCGGCAGCUCACGAUAAAGAUGGUUAUUUCAAGUCGGGUGAUAUUGCUCGCCGCGAAGGCAAAUAUUUUUUCAUCCUUGGUCGUGCAUCAAUCGACAUAAUUAAAUCAGGCGGUUACAAAAUAUCCGCAUUAGACAUUGAGCGUGAGAUCUUGGGCUUAGACUAUGUCUCUGAAGUCAUGGUCGUCGGUGUCGAUGACGAAGAAUAUGGACAGCGGGUGGCCGCUACAGUCAGCCUCAAGACGGACCAGAACACAGCUCGCAAGAGCCUAACACUAGCUGAGUUAAGAGAAGACCUGCGAAGCAAGCUGACUGGAUAUAAAAUGCCGACUAUAUUGCGAGUGAUUCAGGGUGAGCUUCCCAAAUCAGGAACCGGCAAGGUGCAAAAAAAGAUACUAGGACCGCAAUUCUUUCCACCGAAUUACGAGGAGCUUCCAGAUGUCCAGAUCUGGAGCAAAGCAGCUAAGGCCAAAUUUUAG